UCCCAUCAAUUAGUUCAAAAACAUCAUUCAUUGAGUGCGGAGGCUUUCGAAUUUUUAUCAAUAAGACGCGAUGCUGAAAUAUAUUCCUUUACUUUUAGUAGCCCAGCUAUUAUUGGUCGCUGCCAAGCCCACUAAUCCACAACUCCUAAACUCCGAUGAUCCAGUGCAGAGGGAGUUGGAAAGACAGGCCAAGGAGGAGACAGUUCACCUGCUAAACUCGCUGUUCCGAUCUCAAAUCGCCUAUUUCUCCGAGGUGAAGGCCGCUCUGAAUCCGCAGACCAAGCGAUUCCAAGACAUCGGUCUUUACAUAACGCGCCUGAGCCAAGCCAUUGAUGAGCAGGAACUGGACCGAAAGGAUGAGCUGUGGCAGAAACUCUUCGAUGAGUUCAAGGACUCUCCCCUGCUGAUUAAUCGGGAAUCCGAGACAGGACUCACCGACUUGCAAUAUAAGACACUCCUGACCGGCCAGAAACUGCAGGAUAUAUCCACCAAGUUUGUGAGCGAUGUGGCCGAUUACUUCUGGAAAAUGGCCAAGAUGAGUGGCAAAGUCAUUGGCAAUGGGAUAGCGAACCAGAAUGAAUAGUAACUUUCAAUCAAUUUUAAAUAUAUUGA